UCAUAUCCCAAGUUCAUUAAGUAUCCUGGAACCUCUUAUAUAUUUACUCUUGAGAAAAAAUAAGUUCCACGGGGAGCUCUCUUGGAAAAUGCAGAAUAUGAAAAAUCUACAAGUUCUUGAUCUUGGUGAAAAUGAACUGUCAGGCAUUUUACCUGACUGGAUUGGCAAUGAGUUAUCAAAUCUGAGAAUUCUCAGACUUCAAUCCAAUAACCUUGAAGGGCGAAUACCAACUGGAAAUCAGCUCCAAAUCUUGAAUGAUCCAUCUAGUUUUGAAGGCAACAGUGGACUUUGCGGUAAACCACUCUUGAAAACUUGCCCUGACGACAAAUCACCUGAUGGGAAUAAGUCUAGUGGUGGACAUGAAGCUGGCGAAGAGUCUUAUUUCUCAUGGUUCUUUGCUGGGAUUGGACCUGGUUUUGCAGUUGGAUUCUCAGCAGUUUGUGGCAUCCUCACUUUCAAGAAAUCGUGGAGAUAUGCUUAUUUUCAAUUCAUGGAAAAUGUCUACAAGAGAUUGUGGCUGUCAAUUACAUUGAAGACUUCAAAGCUUCGAAGGAAGUUCAGUAGGUGUAUUUAGGCCAAUCAGAAAACUUACAUAGUUUUAACU